CUUGAAACACUGCUGCUAGUUCUUUUGACUCCUGUUUGCCAACACUCCACAGUAAAGAUGAAGAUCUUCAUUCUGGCUGUAGUUUGUCUGACUCUCAGCAUCCACGCACAGAAGCCUGAACCCUGCAAGUCUCCACCUUUGCUUGAGGGCGCACUGACAGUGUUACUCCCAAGCCAGCACUGGCGUGUGUUUGAGAAGUUCUCCUAUGAUGCCAUUGGGCAGAAUGUCCGAGUUCUCGCUGCUGGCACAGAUGGAAACCAGACCUUUUUAACUGACUUGCUUCUGCUUUACAGAGAGGGGGUCAGUUAUGAGAUCCACUACAGAAACCAGACUUGCAUUAAGCAAGCAUUGAAGGAGCCAUUCAGACAUCUUGGUGUUCCCCAUAACGCCCAUUUCCUGAGUCAGAUGGUUUUGGGCAGCAGCUCUCUACCAGGACAAGGACUGCUGGUUAAUGUCUGGAAUGGGACAUGGGAGGAAACAAAAAGCCAUUACCUGAUGAGCUUCACUGAGUUUGGUUGCAUUCCCAUCUCCAUCGCUGAUUUCACACAGAAAGCGGAGUUAGGCGAAUUGACAAACUUCUUCGACCUAGUGGAGGGAAUUGAGAACCCUGACGUCUUCAUCCCUCCUUCAUUCUGUGACUCUGUGGAAGUGCUGCCACCCAGGAAAAGUGCAUCGAGCUCUUUCAUCCCUGUUCUGUGAGAGGAAUACCUGCGUGUUUGUGCUGACGGCACGUACAGCCACCAUCUGUGGUUUAAAUGUCUGUUAUAAAACCUACAUUAAACAACAUGCACACAGA